UUAUGGAUAAAUUUUACUAUUUAGGUUUUUAAUUAACAUUCUGAAAAUUUCUCACUUCUCUUGGCUUACCCCAUUCCUUCUUUCAGUUCAACACGACAGCACCGCAACUGACUUUGGCAACGGCGUUAAACAUCCAUGUUUCUCUCAGUUGUGUUUUCGCUAUUGUAACCCCAUCCCUUCAGUUCAGUUCAUCUCGUAGACGUGUUUCAUAAUCAUCAAUAUGAACAUGAAGAGAUGUGCCAUGUGGCUCUGCUACAGGUUGAAAUUUUGAUAAGUGAACAAGAUUAAUGCUUAUACACUAACAUCGUGAGCUUGAGCUGCAAGAUGAAGUAAUAAAAGGGAGACGGAAGAGAAAGAGGGAAAUUAUUAAAAUGCGGAAAGCCUAAAACGACAACCGUUUUCGGGUGUUUUAAAUUUUGAGCCUUUGAUUUGUUUAUGGCAUAUUCCUCAAUAGUACCCAGACACCUCUUCUUGUCUCGCCUUCAGAAGUGCAUCCCAAAAUCAUGGAAACAAGCUCCCCAACAACCACUUCAAAAACCCAUCUUUUGUAGUGAUGCAUCAAUGGUUGGUGUUCUCAUUGCAUCCCUCAAGGACUUUGUGACCCAUGGCCACUUAACCAAUGCAUUCAAAACCUUCUUUCAAAUACAGCACCAUGCUGCUUCUUCCCACCUUCUCUUACACCCCAUUGGCUCUCUCCUUUUGGCUUGCACCCAUUUUAAGUCACUGUCACAGGGUAAGCAGCUUCAUGCUCAAGUCAUCUCACUGGGUCUUGAUCAAAAUCCUAUCUUGGUUUCAAGGCUUGUUAAUUUUUACACAAAUGUUAAUCUCCUUGUUGAUGCCCAAUUUGUUACUGAGAGCUCUAAUACUUUGGAUCCUUUACAUUGGAAUUUGCUAAUCUCGGCAUAUGUUAGAAAUGGCUUCUUUGUGGAGGCUCUUUGUGUCUAUAAGAAUAUGUUGAAUAAGAAGAUUGAGCCAGAUGAAUACACUUAUCCAUCUGUUCUCAAGGCUUGUGGGGAAUCAUUGGAUUUCAAUUCUGGGUUGGAGGUUCACAGGUCUAUUGAGGCUAGCUCCAUGGAGUGGAGCUUGUUUGUGCACAAUGCUUUGGUCUCAAUGUAUGGUAGGUUUGGGAAAUUGGAGAUUGCACGUCACUUGUUUGAUAAUAUGCCACGUAGAGAUUCUGUUUCUUGGAAUACUAUAAUCAGCUGUUAUGCGUCUAGGGGUAUCUGGAAGGAAGCAUUUCAGCUAUUUGGAAGCAUGCAGGAGGAGGGUGUUGAAAUGAAUGUGAUUAUAUGGAACACCAUUGCUGGAGGGUGCUUGCACUCAGGCAAUUUCAGAGGGGCACUUCAACUUAUUUCUCAGAUGAGAACAUCCAUUCAUCUGGAUGCCAUUGCAAUGGUUGUUGGGUUAAAUGCUUGUUCUCACAUUGGAGCCAUUAAAUUGGGAAAGGAGAUUCAUGGCCACGCCGUGCGAACUUGCUUUGAUGUGUUUGACAAUGUGAAAAAUGCAUUGAUUACUAUGUAUUCCAGGUGUAGAGAUCUUGGCCAUGCAUUUAUUUUGUUUCAUAGAACGGAAGAGAAAGGUUUGAUCACUUGGAAUGCCAUGCUUUCUGGAUAUGCCCACAUGGAUCGAUAUGAGGAAGUCACCUUCCUUUUUAGAGAGAUGUUACAGGAGGGCAUGGAACCCAAUUAUGUGACCAUUGCAAGUGUUCUUCCCCUUUGUGCCCGCAUAGCGAAUCUGCAGCAUGGCAAAGAGUUUCAUUGCUACAUUAUGAAGCACAAACAGUUUGAGGAAUAUUUAUUAUUGUGGAAUGCCCUGGUGGACAUGUAUUCAAGGUCUGGCAGAGUUUUAGAAGCCAGAAAAGUGUUUGAUUCAUUGACCAAAAGAGAUGAAGUUACAUACACUUCCAUGAUUUUGGGAUAUGGCAUGAAGGGUGAAGGAGAAACAACUUUAAAACUAUUUGAAGAGAUGUGCAAGUUAGAGAUUAAGCCGGAUCAUGUAACAAUGGUUGCAGUUCUAACGGCUUGUAGUCAUUCUGGUCUAGUAGCCCAAGGGCAAGUUCUCUUUAAAAGGAUGAUAGAUGUCCAUGGGAUAGUUCCACGGCUUGAGCACUAUGCCUGCAUGGCUGAUCUGUUUGGGAGGGCUGGUCUUCUAAACAAAGCAAAGGAGUUUAUCACAGGGAUGCCAUAUAAGCCAACUUCGGCAAUGUGGGCUACUCUUCUAGGAGCAUGUCGAAUCCAUGGAAAUACAGAGAUGGGGGAAUGGGCAGCAGGGAAAUUGCUGGAAAUGAAGCCUGAUCAUUCAGGCUAUUAUGUGUUGAUUGCCAAUAUGUAUGCAGCUGCUGGUUCUUGGAGAAAACUAGCAGAGGUGAGGACUUAUAUGAGAAAUUUGGGGGUGAGAAAGGCUCCUGGUUGUGCUUGGGUUGAUGUUGGCAGUGAGUUUUCUCCCUUUCUGGUAGGGGACUCUUCCAACCCUCAUGCUUCUGAGAUUUACCCCGUGAUGGAUGGAUUGAAUGAGCUAAUGAAAGAUGCUGGUUAUGUACGUAGUGAGUUAGUUUCAUCAGAGGAAGAUUUUGAGGAGAUGAAUAUCGCAGGGAAUGCAUACUGAUAGAAGUUAAAAUAGAUUUUAUUUAUAGGUGUCUAUUGUAGUUUGUUAUUACAAUCCCUUGUUUGUGACCUAAAAAGCAGAAACUUGCCACAGUUGCCAGAUCAAGCAGAAAAAUUGAACUUUGCACACUGAAAUUAUCAUGAGUUGUUUUUGAAUGGCCAUUUUACUUCUUUAGCACAAGGGAUUUCAUUGCUCUAUUCCCCAGUGUCAGUCAUUUCAUUUACCAGCUACCCUUUUGCAUUGUUUGAGAUAAAUUAACGAGUCAACAUUUUACGGUGACCAGGUUCGUCUGGUUAACAGCAUUCUUCAGUGCUCUUCUGGACACAGAAGUCCAGUUUUCUUGUGUUCAUUGCUACCAGAUAAGGUUGAGUCAUGCCCUUUGAAUCUUGAGUUUGAUGCAGAUGACUUAGUGGCAUUCUUGGUUGUUGGUUCACAAGGCAUCCACCUUUCUGGUUAUUUUGUGUUUGAUGAUGGGGAUGAUCUUAGGGAUGACUAUGAAUAUGAUUCAUGGAUGGGGGGAGGAUAUUGAAGGAACUGAGUCAGAGGAGUCAUCUGAAUAUGAUAGUGAAGAUGGAUAUGCUAAUGACUUCAUUGUUGAUAGUGAUACUGACAUGUACCUGUCUUUGUCAGUCUCAAAUAGUGGAGUUGUAAUUGAGGAAAUAAUGGAUGAUGAUAACCCUGAAAAUGGAGAUGAUCCAACUAAGAAAUUAAAGAAAAAGAAACAGGUAGUUCAGUUGAAAGAGAAAGACAACAAAAGUUCUGAGCUUCCAAUUGUCUCUAAGGGUGAUACUGACCUUGUUGUGGAAAGUAUAGAUGAAGAUGGCUUUCCAAUUACCACUGCAGAGAAAGGUGUGUCUGUCUCUCAGAAGACAGAAGCAGAAACGAAAGGAGAACAAGCACGUAAGAAAACUGAGAAAGCCAACAAGAAGGAAAAAGAUGUUGAUCAUUGUGCUAGUGUAUAACGAAAAGUUGAUCAUGCUGAUGAAGAUGAGCCACAGGAUGGGAAAAAAAACAAGAAAAGAAACAAGUUGAAAGAUCAUAAUAAAGGGGGAAGUGAUCAUGUAUCUGACAAUAGCAAUGAGACAAAGGCUACUGAACCAGAUGAAAAGCAUGCUGAGGAUGUUAAAACUACAACGGACCUGAGUGAUGUUUCUCAUGCAAAGGAUGAAGAUGGUGGAAAGCUAUCCAAUAACGAGUAAGAAAUUUCACCUCACUGAAAUCAGUUACAUUUUGCAGGGCUUUUGGUGUUACUGGUGUGGAAAGUUGGUUUAAAUAUUACACCCAUAUUUAAUUUUCUAUUCUUGAUAUUGAUAUGCAAAGCCAAUUUCUUCUGUUGACUAAAUCCGCAGAACACCUGGUCAACUGAACUAAAAUUCUAUUAGAAACAGAACAUUGGAAAUUGAGUUUGCCUUCUCAUUUGAUAUCUUUACCUUCAGUAAAUUGGAGUUCAACUCUAUAAGAUGUCAAAUUGUGAGGUCUUGCUUGGUUUUGUGGUGAAUUUUGUACCUGUAGAGUCAUUUCCAAUUACCUUUAUUUUCUUUGCUUGAGAUAUUGAAAAUUGGAAAUUUGGGAGGCUGUGUUGUUUGUGGUAUUUGUUGGCAGGGUCCUCGUUGAGAAGAAAAACAAGAAAAAGACCAAAGAGUCUGAAGGGGAAGCUGCUGAAAAGCAGAAUUUGUCCACCUCAGAAAAAGGGGAAGAAACAAACUGAAACCAAGCCAUCACAAGUGAGAACUUUUCCAAAUGGAUUGAUUAUAGAGGAAGAGCUGUUUAUGGGUAAACCUGAUGGCAAAAAAGCUGCUCCUGGAAAGAAGGUCAGUGUAAAAUAUAUUAGCAAACUGCAAAAAGAUGGGGAAAAUAUUUGACUCAAAUGUGGGAGAGCACCCUUUAAAUUUCGUCUGGGAAUGUGCUGUGUUGAUGUGUUGAAUUUGCUGGGAUUUUCCUUUCUAUAUAUGCUUCACCUGUUUCGUUUUCUUUUGUCAGGGAUGAGAAUUGGGGACAAACGAAGGAUCACAAUUCCACCGUCUAUAUCUUUUAUUUGUUGGAUUUGAUUUCCCUAAACUUUGCAUGUUAUAUUUGUCUCGGUGUAAUUAAAUUACAUUUACUAUCUGAAAUUUCUCGUAUUAUAUGUCAUGUUCUUCGAUGUGGGAAGACUCUGAUUGGUUUAAUUGCUGAAAAAUGCCUCUGUUGUUUAUGCCAA